AACCAAAAAAAAAUUGAAGUUCUUUCUUUAAAUUGUUGUACAGUUUGUUAGAUUCUGCAAUGAAUAAAAAAAGACAAACGAUCAAUUAAGAAUUUGUCACAUGAUGGCUUGAACCGAGCUCUGAGUGAUGAAAAUACAUUAUAUCCAUCUGUCAAAAUAAAAAAUGUAAUAUUUCUAAAUUAUUAACAAAUAUUUUUGGAAAAAAAUUGAAAAAUUCUCCAGUAAAAAUGUUGAGUGCAGUAGAACCACGUCCAAUAAACUUCAACUUUCAACUUGACCAUGAAAAGAUUUUGCAAUCUUAUAUUUCCUUGACUUCCAUCCUCUCUGGGCAAAUAUUAACAGCAUUGCAAUUGCAUGAAUUUUUCUCUGUAUAAUUUCUUAUCUGCAAAGUUCAAUAUUGACAGCGCUUAUAAGAAUUAUUCCCACCGAGUUGAAUUUUUUUUAAGUGAUAGAAGAAAAAACAUUCCCUGAGAGAAUUGGUAUGAGGCAAGUGGGCCUAAUGGGUGCGAAGAUAAAAGAAACAGCAGGAAAGAAAGGAGGGAAUAAGAAAAAAGGUGCUGGGAAAAAGAAAGUUGAAAAGGGUGGAAGCGAAGAAAGUAAAGAAGUAAACAGUAAAGAGGAGGAGGAAAAACGACAGAGAAAAUGGGAAAACGCUUGGAAUAAGAAACUCGAAGCAGAAGAAGCCGUAGAUAAAGCUUUCUGCGAAGCUCAUGGAUUUUAUCCAAAGCCAAAGACUCAGACAAAUCUUUGGAUUCAAAUGCAUCAAGGGAAAGGGUGUCAGGAUGUCCAAUUUUGCUUCAAAAAUGUGCAAGUGCCAAAACCAAAACCUCCGCUACUUCCACCUUGAAAAGGAGUGAUACCUACCGAAUCACCUGUGCCGGAAAAAAGAAAGGAAAGAAAAAAUAAAACAAAAGUUCAAAGAUGAUAUAAAGCUGUGCUAGAAAGAUCAAAAUCAGAACGAUCGACACGUGGGGACGAAGACCGUCGACGUCGCACAAUUAUCGUGGAGAAGAAAAAUGGCUCAUAUGGUUUCACAUUACAGAGUUAUGGUAUCCAGUACAAAAGAGAACAAGAAGUCGAGAUGGUCACUUAUGUGGAUUACGUAGAAUGUGAUGGGCCUGCUUCCAAAGCUGGUAUGCGAGUUGGUGACGUGAUUGUUUCGAUAAAUGGCCAAGAAAUGGACCGAGCUGACCACGAGACAUUAGUUAAUUUCAUUAAAAACUGUGACUCAAGAAUGAGAAUGGUGGUUUCAUUCGAGGACUGCCUUAAAAAGGUGGGUUUACACAUGCGAUAUAUAAAAUUGCAACAAGCUUUGCAGUCACGACUCAACGAAUUGGAAAGACUUUGUGAACGAGAACGCUCAAUUUUAAUGGGUCGUUGGAAAACGCAUUCACUCCCGGCCAGGAAAAGAACUCCUAAUAAUAUUUCUACAAAUAAUCCUAAUCAACCAUCGCAGCCUUCGAAUUUUAACUCCUCAGCAGUUCAAUGCUGUCGUCCAGCCUCGUCAACGGAACAUCUGCUUUUAUAUUCUGUGUACGCCGAUGGUCGACCAUUUUUAAUACCAAGAAGUGCCGCCUGUUUGGUAGCAGUGGGGCCACCCCGAUCACGUAGUGAUCACCACCACUUUCUUUCCAAGAAGCCUAGUGAAUUAUCAUCAACAUCAUCAUCCCGCCACAGUUAUCACCAAGCUAACGGGAUGCCAGGAACACCAUCAAAGUCGAAACCCCAUAAAGGUAGUACCCAAAACUGCAAUUCAACGAGCAACGAAACUCAGACUCAAACCCAAAACCAACCCCAAACCCUACAUUCAACAUCUCACACAGCCCACAAUUUGUGUGGCGCUUGUAUAAGCGCCUCUCGUCGAAGAGAUCAUUCAGAUGGAGCAAGUUUAGAUGCAUACGACCUGGCAAGUCCUUGCUGUGAUCCUAAUUGUGUUCCAAGUAGAAGACGUCGAGAAAAACAGAGACGAGCGAGACAUGAGCAAAAUCUUCAGCAUCAGCACCAACAACAGCAACAGCAGCUACAACAACAACAACUGAAAAAACAUCAGCAUCAGCAAACCGAUCACAAUCAUCAAAAAUCACAUAGUUCUCACAAUUGUUCAAGAGCCUCUGGUCACAGUUUGCAUUCCAUAACAAGCAGCGAAAUGUCAACAACGGUUGAUAGUGCAGCUUCUUGUUCUACAUCUGUGAGUACUGAUACUCUCUACUGGGACCCAAAUGUUCAACAAAGACCACCAGCUUGUUUGCAAUAUGCAAAACCAAAAUCCUGGGAUAAUUUGACAACGAAAGCUUUUGGUGGAUAUGGUUUUGGUUAUGGAUAUCUAGAUACUGCUUCCAUUAAAACUCAUAGUGCUGAACGGCCUGGAAAAGGUUCAUAUAGUAGAGCGAAAACACCGACUGGAUCGACCCAAAGAAGAUCAACGGGAACCUCGACGACAACGGUCUAUUCGGCGAGUUCAAAUCGAUGUUUCCAGCCCACGAAGUCCACGGAAAGCCUAUUGAUAGCGACUCCUUAUCAGGGGGAAUUGGAGGGUUCUAGUGUUAGUUGCGAGUGCCUGGAUGGCUCAGGGUCUAGAUUUGUGACUGUCCAGGUUGAUAAACAUAAGAGACAGGAGGAGAGUAAUUAUUCUGGCGGUGGAAAUCAUCAGGCCAGGCAUCGGCGCUCUAGUCAUUCCGAUAGUAAAUUAAGGGCUAUGAAUAGUUCGGAAGUAACGAGAUUGUGAAUAUUGUCAUUUGUACUAAUGAUUUAUGCAAAUAAAUUGUGUAUUCUGUUGCUAGA